AUGGGUGGGCUGAUUUGGGCUGAAAACAAGAGGCUGAACAAGGCUACAGAUGCAGUGGAGAAAAGGGGACCCUACAUCAUGAGCAAGCCUCCCUCCAUUCAUGCCAAGCUGCAGAGGCAGCGCGAGCUGGCGAAGGCAGCACUGCGAAGGCAGGGGCUGCUGGGGGGACCCGCGCCGCACCAGCCGAAGCUGGCAGCUAAAAGGUCAGUGAAGUUUAACAAGGGCUACACGGCGCUCAGCCAGACGGCGGAUGAAAACCUGGUCUCCCUCGAUUCGGACAGUGAUGGGGAGCUGGGAUCCAGAUGUUCCUCAGGCUACUCCUCCGCCGAGCAGGUGAACCAGGACCUGAGCCGGCAGCUGCUGCAGGAUGGGUACCACCUUGACGAGGUCCCCGAUGAUGAAGAUCUGGAUCUCAUCCCCCCAAAACCUGUCGCUUCUUCUUCUUGCCCCUGCUGUUUCGGAGAAAAUCUUUCCUGUGUGAUUCAGUAG